AUGGACUUUGAAGCAACUGAAGAUAUCAAUGGAGUACGUUUUGCCUGGAAUGCAUUCCCUUCCACUAAAGUUGAAGCAAGUAAAAUCGUUGUUCCAACUGGUGCACUUUAUACUCCUUUAAAAUUAAGAGAUGAUUUACCAAUUGUAGCUUAUGAUCCUUUCUUUUGUGGAAGUCAAACAUGUAAGGCAAUUCUUAAUCCAUACUGCUCGGUUGAUCCAACUGGUUACUGGCGUUGUCCAAUUUGUUCUUAUCGUAAUCCAUUACCUGCUCAUUAUCAUGGAAUAUCUCCUGACAAUUUACCAACUGAAUUACAACCUGAAAGUUCUACUAUUGAAUAUAUCACGGCUAGACCAGUUCAAAACCCACCUAUUUUCUUCUUUGUUAUUGAUUUAUGUCAAGAUGAAGAUAAUUUAAACGCAUUGAAGGAAACUUUGAUUGUGUCUUUGAAUUUAUUACCACCAAAUGCAUUAAUUGGUUUAAUCACUUUUGGUACUAUGGUUCAAGUUCAUGAUUUGGCUUCUGAGAAUAUCGCAAGAUCUUAUAUAUUUAGAGGUGAUAAAGAAUAUACCGAUAAACAAAUUAGUGAAAUGUUAAAUCGUCCAAGAGCAAUGAUGCCACAACAACAAAAUUUACAACAACCACAACAGCCACAAUUUGCCAAUACUUUAGCUAGAUUCUUCUUACCAGUUGAAGAUGUUGAAUGUCAAUUGACUCAAACUUUAGAAAAAUUAGGAAAGGAUCCUUGGCCAGUUGCUAGUGGUGAUAGAGCUUUAAGAUCUACUGGUAGUGCUCUUAAUGUUGCUGCUAGUUUACUUGGAUCAACAUUCCCAGGAUUUGGUGCUAGAAUUAUGUUAUUUUCUGCUGGUCCAGGUACUUUAAACCCAGGAUUAAUUGUUGGUCCACAAUUAAAAGAACCAAUUAGAUCACAUUCUGAUAUUGAUAAAGAUAAUGCUAAACAUUUCAAAAAGGCAUCUAAAUUCUAUGAUUCAAUUGCCUUAAAAGCAGUUAAAAAUUCCCAUACUAUUGAUGUCUUUGCUGGUUGUUAUGAUCAAAUUGGGAUGUUAGAAAUGAAGAAUUUAUGUAGUUCCACAGGUGGUACAUUAUUAUUAUCAGAUGCUUUUACGACUUCGAUUUUCAAACAAUCAUUCCUUAGAUUAUUUAACAAAGAUAGUGAUGGAUAUCUCUUGAUGGGAUUCAAUGCGACUUUUGAUAUUAAGACAUCACGAGAAUUAAAAGUUAGUGGAAUAAUUGGUCAUGCAUCUUCUUUGAAUGUUAAAUCGGCAAAUGUUUCCGAAAAUGAAUUAGGUAUUGGUGGAUCCUCACAAUUUAAAAUAUGUGCACUUUCACCUCAACAUACAUAUGCAGUAUUUUUUGAUGUUGUAAAUGCAGUUCAAUUACCUCAAAGUUCCCAAAGUUAUAUUCAAUUCAUUACUCAUUAUCAGCAUGCUUCAGGUAGUUAUCGUAUUAGAGUCACCACAAUUUCUAAUUUCUUAACUGGAGAUGAACAAACGUUAACCAAUUCAUUUGAUCAAGAAGCUGCUGCAGUCUUAAUGGCGCGUGUGACACUUUUCAAAGCUGAGCAAGAUGAUGGUGCGGAUGUUUUGAGAUGGAUUGAUAGAAUGUUGAUUAGAUUAUGUCAGAAAUUCGCCGAUUAUAGAAAAGACCAGGAUGAUACAUUUAGAUUAGGACCACAAUUCCAAUUAUAUCCUCAAUUUAUCUAUUAUUUAAGAAGAUCACAAUUCUUACAAGUAUUCAACAAUUCUCCUGAUGAAACUGCAUUCUAUAGACAUGUUUUAUUGACUGAAGAUACUAAUAAUUCGUUGAUUAUGAUUCAACCUACAUUAACCUCCUUCAGUUUGGACGGAGAACCAGAACCAGUAUUAUUAGAUUCUGUAUCCAUCAAGGAAGAUCGAAUCUUGUUAUUAGAUACAUUUUUCCAUAUUUUGAUCUAUCAUGGUAAAACCAUCGCACAAUGGAGAAAAGCAGGCUAUCAAAACCAACCAGAAUAUGAAAACUUUAAAACCAUGUUGGAAGAACCAAAACAAGAAGCAGCGGAAUUAUUGGUGGAUAGAUAUCCAUUACCUAGAUUUAUUGAUACCGAAGAAGGUGGAUCACAAGCUAGAUUCUUGUAUUCGAAAUUGAAUCCUUCUACUUCUUAUAAUAAUCCUGAGUAUGGUGGAGGUGCAAGUGGUGCGAUUGUUUUGACUGAUGAUGUGUCGUUACAGGUAUUCAUGACUCAUUUGCAGAAAUUGGUCGUGAGUGGAUCUACUUAG